AUGGCCGUCGCCUCGACGCCGCUCGUCGCGGCACCAUCGUGCCCGGCCUGGGCGAAGCAUCGUCGCGGGCGCCAGCCGCAGUUCGACGGCAAGCCGUGCGAGCCUGCUAAGGAGGAGGACAUGUGGCUGUGCCUGGCCGACGGCCGCGCGCGCAGCACCGCCGACCUGAAGCGCCUGGCGACAGCCGCUCGGGUGCGAGCGAAACGAGCAAGAGAUGCAGCCGCCGCGAACACGCGCGAUCGGCAGGCGCGCGACCAGCGCCGCCGGCAGCGUGAGCAGCACGACCGGCGCGCAGCGCCGGCGGUCGCCAAGACCGUGCGCCCACAACGCGGCCAGUGCGGCUGCCCGGCGCACGCGGUGUGCGGCAUGUGCGUCGACCAGGGCAAGCUCGCCGCGGCCGAGCAGGCGGCCAUCGACCUGGAGACGCGCUUCCACGCCUCGACGAACGUCGUCAUGGACCUGGAGCGGCCCGAGGACGAGACGGCGGCGCUGCUGCAGCGCUGCGUGCACGUCUCCGACGAGACGAAGCGGCGGCUGCUGGGCGAGUGGAGCGACGAGCGCAUGGCGCACGCGCUGCCGCUGCACGCAUGCGCCUCCGGCUUGCCGACGUGCUUGUUGAAGUGCUCGAUGUACUCGUGCGCGAGCGCCUUGCCAGCGGUGGUCCCGGAGUGGAAGAUGCCGAAGUCGUCCACGUAG